CAACCCAGACCUACCCCACUAGUUUCUUGAAUUUUUCUUUACAAAACAUGAAAAUUAGCUAGUAGAAUCAGAAGGAAGGUCGUCCUCAUGCCCCUGCCCGUUUUCUUGACAAUCACCCCUUAUUCUUCAUCUUCAAAUAGUCUAGUCGAGCCUCAAAAAUGUUGACCGCACUUUUCCUUAAAUCUUACUGACACAUUCUUUCGACCACACAUUCCAAUUAACUCAGAAGUAAUAUCCACUUAUUCAUCACUUAUUUUUAUCUAUUUAUAUAUUAAACCACUUAUAAACUCUUCCCAAACGGAUUUCAUCAGCCGUACCCACUAUUUUCUUGAAUUUUUUGAGAAAACCUUUCUUCAUCUGUCUAAAGUGUGCUGGUUUGUAGCAUUCAACAUAAUUCUUGGACAUCCACCUCCCCCCACACCAGCAUUUACUUGAAUGUUACUUGACUUGACAAAACUUCUUUCAGUCUUCUUAUUAAAAGAUUCUAAGUUGUGAUUUCUUUUAGCAUUCAAUGCUAUGUUCUGAAUCAUGUUCCCUUCAUGAUUCAUACAUGAAUGUCCCCUAGCUCCAUACCUCACUUUGUCUGUGAUUUCAUUUGCUGCAUUUCUCAAAGGGGCUAUAAAUUCAAUUCAAUUCAAUUCAGUGUACAGUAGUGCAUUCAGAAGAGACUUCUGGGUUUAAUGGAGAUUCCAAACAAGAAAACCAUAUCAAAAAUGGAAGAUUAUGAAGUAAUAGAACAAAUUGGAAGAGGGCCUUUUGGAGCUGCAUUUCUUGUUCAUCAUAAGCUUGAGAAAAAAAAGUAUGUUUUGAAGAAGAUUCGCCUUGCUAAGAAAACUGAAAAAUUUAAGCAUGCUGCACGCCAAGAGAUGGAUUUGAUGGCAAAAUUGAAUAACCCCUACAUAGUCGAGUACAAGGAUUCAUGGGUCGAGAAGGACAGCGGCGUUUGCAUUGUGACAAGUUACUGUGAAGGUGGAGACAUGGCAGAGAUAAUCAGAAAAGCUAGAGGAAUAUUUUUCCCUGAAGAGAAAAUCUGCAAAUGGCUGACUCAGUUACUUCUAGCUGUGGAUUACCUUCACUCUAAUCGCAUCCUUCACCGGGAUCUUAAGUGCUCAAACAUUUUCCUUACAAAAGACAACAAAAUCAAACUUGGUAAGAAGAGAGACAGCAUAUUACAUUCUAUGAUCCUCCAGCAUUUUCUUGUAUCUAAUGUUGGAUAUACAGGUGACUUCGGACUUGCAAAACUGCUGAGUAAAGACGAUCUUGCUUCAUCUGUUGUCGGAACUCCAAACUACAUGUGUCCGGAAAUUUUAGCAGAUAUACCAUAUGGCUACAAAUCAGACAUAUGGUCCUUAGGUUGUUGUAUGUUCGAAAUAGCUGCCCAUGUACCUCCAUUUCGAGCUGCAGACAUGGCUGCACUCGUGAAAAAAAUAAACAGAUCAACUAUUUCUCCUCUCCCGACUGUAUAUUCCUCGACUUUGAAGCAAGUGAUUAAAAGCAUGCUUCGACGAAGCCCAGAACAUAGGCCAACAGCUGCAGAACUUUUAAGGCAUCCGCAUUUGCAACCAUAUCUUGUGCAGUAUAGCGACUUACCUCCUGUCUUUCUUCCGGUUAAAUGUGAAAUUGAGUCCAAGUGCAAAGCAACGAGGACGAAAAUUCCUGACAAACCUACAUCAGACAAGGAUAGAAAACCAGGAACGAAAGGAAUGGUGGAAAGGUCGAAAGAUAAUCAAGUACCUAAAAUGGAUGUGAGAGCUGAAAAGAGCUGUCCCAACAAACACGAAAGUAUUGACUCGGGAUCCUCAUCAGGAUCAAGUACACUGACUGAACAGCGCGGAGAAACAGAACGAAAAGAAUGUACUCAGAUUGAUCGUAAGAAUCCUUGCAAGAAAAUACUCCGAAGAAUGGAAAUGCCAAGCUCGUUUCCUACUUGUAAGAACCGAAUAAUUGAAGAUGAAACGUCGUUGGAAGGUAAGCAAGUACGCAAAGAUAAAAGUAUAGAGGCCCUUGUACAUACUGAUGAAUUCGGAGGAAACAUAUCAGAAAAAAGAACUCUAACAAGUGUUGCUCCAAGUGAAGAGAAGGCAGAAGCUAUGGAGACGUUACUCGAACUUUGUGCACAACUAUUGAAACGAGAAAGGCUCGAGGAACUUGCUGGCGUGCUGAAACCAUUCGGUGAAGAAGAAGCUGUAUCGUCGAGAGAAACGGCAAUUUGGUUGACAAAAGGAUUGAUGAAUAUUCAAAGACAAGGUGAAGAAGUUUAGCAGUAUCAAACUUUCUGAACUUUCUUGUACAAUUGUUGCAAUGCUUGUAAAAACACCUGACAAUCAAAUCACCAGUUUUUUUAUUUUGAUUUUACUUUCAAAAAAAGUAAAAAUUCUUCGAACAGCUAUCUGACCUAACGUUCCAAUUUCCUGACGUGGGAACCACAUUUGCAACGUUAAAAAAUUCGAACGUUAGAGCAAAUCCAACGGCUAUAAAUACUAAUAUUCACUCAGUACAUCCCUCACAUUACAAUUCUCAGCUUCUCUCUCUCUACAUAGAAUACUAUCUCUCCAUAUCAUUUUCUUCUCUCGCCAAAAUAUUCAAAUGGCAUAUUUCGGAAUUUCAAGUGCUGUUGCUACCAUCUUCGUCGUCUUAUGUCUGGCAGCCUUUGCUGUGAGGGCACAAGAUGCUGAUUUAACCCCGGGACUGGCUCCGGCACCGGGGCCGGAUGCUGGACUCGGGUUAUCGCUAUCCGCCUCAGGUGUCUUCAUUUACUCUUCGUUGCUCCUGUCUGCCAUUGGGAUUCUCAUGCAGUAGACAUACACGUUUUUGGAAGAUUGAGAAGCCGAAAAUGAUGAGAGAAAGAAACAAUACAAUGGCAGCGAUGAUUAUUCUAUUAUUUAAUUUUAAUUAUUGUUAUUUUUUCUAGUGUUUUUCCUAACCUUUGGUUAGGAUUUGAUAUAUAUUUAUCUGGUUGUGAGUGGAUUUGAUGAAUAAAAAUAUACUAUAUUUCUGUAAA